AUGUCUGGCUAUGGGCCAGGAGGACCAAUCCCCAAUUCCUUUCUCAACCUCACCUCUCUCCUUCAUCUCGAUCUAUCAGACAACUAUUUGUCAGGACAUAUACCUUCUUGGUUUGAAAAUUUGACUACCCAGUUGCUCUCACUUGAUCUCUCUGGGAAUUACAAUCUUGGAGGAGACCUUCCUUUCAUUGGACAACGAAAGUCUUCUUUGUCACUAACCAGCAUUGAUCUUUCAGGGACAGCCGUGAAGGGCCACAUUCCAACUGCUAUAUGGAAUAUCUCGUGCUUGGAGCAUCUUCGUCUGAGAGAUACCAGAAUUGAAGGUGAGAUUCCAGCUGCUAUAGGGAAUUUGUUGUCCUUACAAAGUCUUGAUCUAUCAGCUACCGAAAUCGAAGGUGAGAUCCCAGCUGCUAUAGGGAAUAUGUCGUCCUUGGAAGAUCUUCUUCUCUCAAAUACCAGAAUUGAAGGUGAGAUUCCAGCUGCUAUAGGGAAUUUGUUGUCUUUAAAAAGUCUUUAUCUGUCGAAUUCCAGAAUUGAAGGUGAGAUUCCAGCUGCUAUAGGGAAUUUGUUGUCUUUAAAAAGUCUUUAUCUGUCGAAUACCAGAAUUGAAGGGAAUGUGUCGUCGUUGAAGAGUCUUGAUCUGUCUGACAACUCUAUUGAAGGUGAGAUUCCUCUCUCCAUAGUCAAUCUCUCUAAACUUGAUAACUUGAUUCUGUACAAAAACAAGAUAACAGGGGUAAUCCCACCUUCGUUGGGAUCACUUUCUUCCCUUUUCUAUCUUGACCUCGGCUACAACAAAUUGACUGGUGCAAUACCAUCCACAGUUUCAGAUCUUAUUAACUUAAGAGUCCUUUAUCUAGACUCCAACAAUUUAAGAGGCUCCGUUUCUCUUUCUCUCUUCCACUAUCUCACUAGACUUGAAACUUUGUAUCUUUCCUACAAUCAUUUAACUGUGAGCAUUGAUUCAACAUGGAUUCCGCUGUUUAAGCUUCACUAUUUGGGACUAGGUUAUUGCAAUUUAGAUAGAAUUCCAUCGUUUCUUGUGACCCAAUAUGACUUGACGGAUCUGGACCUAUCUGCUAACAGUAUCCAAACAAAUAUUCCAUCUUGGAUAUGGAACUUACCCAGCCUUUAUAGUUUGAACCUUAGUUGUAAUCAAUUAACAGGGUCAUUGCCAUCUAGACUAACAUUACCCAACUAUUUUCACUAUCUAGAUUUGCACAGUAACAGCUUAGAAGGUGUUCUUCCUCUUCCUCCUACUGGUCCUAAUCUGCUGGAUCUGUCGAUGAAUCAGUUCGAUGGUUCUAUUCCUACUGACAUUGGUGCACAUCUUCAAAGUACAAGCUUCUUAUCCUUGUCGACGAAUAAUCUCAGCGGAGCGAUUCCAGAUUCUAUUUGCAGUCCAUAUUUGCAGGUUCUUGACCUUUCAAAUAAUACGCUGAGCAGUGUCAUUCCUCCUCAUUUAACCAGGAAUUGUUGUUCUCUUAGUGUUCUAGAUUUGGCAGAAAAUCAUCUGGAAGGUAAAAUGCCAGCAGAAUGGGGCAACAUUACAAAGAUUCAUACAUUGAGGCUCAAUGGUAAUCAUUUGAGAGGAGUUAUUCCCUCAUCCAUUUCAAAAGGCCGAUCUCUGCAAGUAUUGCAUUUGGGAAAUAAUGAUUUGGAAGGCACCAUUCCCCAUAUCCCACGCCAGGUAAUUGGCCUUCCGAAUCUUCAAAUUCUGGAUCUUUCUGGCAACCACCUUUCAGGAGCUAUUCCAAGCCACCUUACAAUCUUGUUUGCAAUGGUCAAUGCAUCACAGAAUAAUUCAAACCAUCUAGAAGAACUCUUCUCAUAUGGUACGUAUACAAAUCAGAUAACAAUUUCCUGGAAAGGUCGGGAUGUUGAGUUUGUUAAAGUUCUUUUCAUUCUUAAAUGUAUUGAUCUUUCAAACAACUACUUGUCUGGGAGCAUUCCUCCCGAAAUGGGAUCUCUUCAAGGCUUGAUAGCCCUUAACCUUUCAAGGAAUCAUCUCAAUGGCCGAAUCCCAAAAACAAUGGGAUGCAUGGAUCAGCUAGAGUCUUUGGACCUUUCGCUAAACAGGCUGAAUGGCAACAUUCCAUUAGAACUUCAGUUGCUGAGUUAUUUGCAGUUCUUGAAUCUGUCUCAUAAUAUGCUUGAUGGAAAGGUACCCCGCGGGGGGCAGUUUCUAACGUUUGGGGAGUCGUCCUACUUAGGCAAUCUUAAGCUAAGUGGGAUUCCAUUUACCAAUAUAACCGUCUGCAACAACUCUUCUGGCUUUGACAACUGCACAAGUAUUGAGAGAAGUGGUGAAGCAGAGAAUUCAGAUGGUGAAAUGAUAGGAUGGGCAGUGGGACUUGGAUUGAGUUAUGGUCUGGGAUUCUCUAUUGUGAUUGGAAUAUUGACUUUCAAUAAGAGUGUGAGAAAUAGAGCCUUCAAUUUGUAUCAUGUUGUAAUUUUAGCUGUUGAUCGGCGUAUACGAGGGAACAGAUGA